AUGGCGGUGACACAGCUGUUGCGACUUGUUGUCAGACGGUCGGCGGCUCGGGCAACACUUCGCGCGCACAGGAGGUACAGCAAGGUUUGCCCAGCUCUCUCUCAGCGACUGCAAGUGUUUGAGUCCCUCUGGGAAAAAGCCAAUAAGAAGAGAGUCAAAGCAACAGAGUCCCCUCUCAGUAUCCGACUGGCUGAUGGCCGGACAGUGACAGGAACGGCUGGUAUCACUACACCUCUUCUUGUUGCACAGAGUGUUCGUUUGAAAGGAGUGCUUGUUAGUACAGUCAAUGGGGAGCUGUGGGAGCUUGGACGGCCUCUGGAGACCGACUGUGAAUUACAACUCCUGGGGUUUGACACAGCAGAGGGAAGGCAGGCAGCAUGGAAGACAGGAUCAUGUAUUCUGGGUGCAGUAUUGGAAAGAGAAUUUGGUGCUGAGGUGUACAGAGAAGGAGCAUCAGAGUUCGGGCUUUACUGCGAUCAUCUGCUGGGAGACGGUGUCCUGUCCCUGAGUGAUGUGGAGGACAGAUGUAAACAGACUGCAGCCCUCAAACUUCCUCUGUCCAGACUGGAGCUGAAUAUAGACGAGGUCCGGGAGCUCUUCCAGGACAGUAAGCUGAGACUGCAGCUUGUGGAGGAGCAGAUGAAUGGGCCCACGCUGUGUGGAGACAGCAUUUCUGUCUGCAGUGGCCCUCUCUUCCCACACACUGGCUUCCUCAAGGUCUUCAAAAUGCUGCAGCUUUCGGCUGUGACCCUAACCAACCAAACAGAGGCCUUGGGUUUGACACGUCUUCAAGGUGUGGCCUUCCCUGGCGAAAAGGACAAGGAGGUGUGGGAGAAGGAGCAGGAGGAGGCAAGGAGGAGAGACCACAGGCGUAUUGGGAUGGACCAGGAGCUGUUCUUCUUCAAUGAUGUGAGUCCAGGCAGCUGCUUUUUCCUACCUAAAGGAGCCCACAUAUACAACACCCUCACUGACUUUAUUAAGAGCGAAUACCGAAGACGAGGCUUCACUGAGGUUGUGACCCCAACUCUGUACAGCACUGCAUUAUGGGAGCGCUCGGGCCACUGGGAGCACUACAGCGAGAACAUGUUCACUGUGGCAUCAGAGGGCGCUCAGACCUACGCUCUCAAACCCAUGAACUGUCCUGCACACUGUCUCAUGUACGAGCAGCGUAUUCGCUCUUGGAAGGAGCUUCCCCUGCGAUGGGCUGACUUUGGGGCGCUGCAUCGUAACGAGCUCUCUGGAGCGCUGGGCGGCCUUACUCGUGUCCGGAGGUUCUGCCAGGAUGAUGCUCACAUCUUCUGCACACCUGAGCAGCUGCAAGAGGAGAUAGUCGGAUGUUUGGACUUUGUGAGGAGGGUCUAUCAAGUGUUUGGUUUUUCCUUCCGCUGCCUCCUUUCUACACGUCCCACACCGUGCCUAGGGGAGCCUGAGCAGUGGGAUACUGCUGAGCAGCAGCUGGAGAGGAGUCUGCAGCAGUUUGGUGAAAGUUGGGAGUUGAAUCCAGGAGACGGCGCUUUCUAUGGUCCAAAGAUUGACAUCCAGAUAAAAGAUGCCAUUGGGAGACAGCACCAGUGUGCCACCAUCCAGCUGGACUUUCAGCUGCCAAUCAGAUUCGACCUCCAGUACAUUGGUCGGGAUGGACAACACCACAGGCCGGUGAUGAUCCACAGAGCUGUGCUGGGAUCACUGGAGAGGAUGAUCGCUAUACUGGCUGAAAACUUUGGAGGCAAAUGGCCACUGUGGUUGUCCCCAGCACAGAUAAUGGUGAUUCCUUUAGGGGGCAACAGUGAGUCAUACGGCCAUCAGGUGGUCCAGCAGUUCCGUGAAGCUGGCUUUAUGGCUGAUUUGAACGGUGACCAGGGAGCCACCUUAAAUAAGAAGAUUCGCUCCGCUCAGUUGGCCCAGUACAACUACAUAUUUGUGGUGGGGGAUAAGGAGAGUGAGAGUGGGACGUUGAGCGUGAGGAGCAGAGUGGGUAAACAGCUGGGAAGGAGGACGAUGGAGGAGGUGCUGACAUCUCUCACACAGCUAAGAGACUCCAGGAGCAACGCAGACGAGUUUUGA